UUCAUAUUCUUAAAAACUAGUACCGUAUAUUAUUUUCAGAAUAUUGGGUAGUUUUUUAGCCAUAUGAAAUAAAAUUUUCAUCCAGUGCGCUGUUGAUGUGUUUAUGUGCCUUGAGGUGCUUCAAGGCAGUUUUCUGGACUCUGAUUUCACCUUGAUAUUUAAAUUUAAAUAUCUCCGUUAUGUUUUAUAUUUUGUGUUUCUUGUGUGUUGUGCAAACUAACUAUUGCAAAAACCAUCUUCAGAUGUUUUUUUUCAGUUUUACCUAUUUUUAAUUUUGGCCAUUUAUUUUCACAUUCUCAUCAAAAUCUGUGGUUUCUUAUCUUUUUCAAUCAUUUAAAAAAAAGCAUUUAUACUACACUGUUGUACCUUUUCUAAGUCAAGAAUCAGAUCAUAUUUAUUUAUAAAACCCAACUUCAGUCUUGUCUGCAAACACAUAAAAUCUGACCUUAAAAAUCUAAUCUCACUAAAUCCAUUGACAUUUUGUGCUUGCAAUCUCCAAUAACUUUUUACAUUUCAGGAUGUAUGCUGGAUGAAUACACUGUUAUAUUUUCUCCGAUGACAAUUAAAUUGCAGCGACAAGCAGAGAAUAAUGUACAUUCUUUCAAAGUUGCUGUCACGCUGUUUCUUUUCUUGGCUGAAACCUGAACAUGCUUUUCAUGAGGGUCCAAAAUCUAAAGUUUUAGUGCAUUUUGUGAAACAUCACACAUUUGAAGCAUGCAUGUCAUUUUAGCACGUGCCCCUAUUUUGUGUUGCGUAGAACUUUUAGCAUGUGACUGAAUUCUCCCAUCAACAAUUUUUGUCUCACUUAAUAAAUGCUAGUGUUGUAGUACCCAAGACCAGUCAUUGUCUCAACUUGGUCUCGGGUUAGGUGGUCUUGACUACAACACUAAUGGACGCCUGUCCAUCUUUGACUGAAAGUUCAACACAAUCUAUGAGGUCAAUUAACUAGCAACUUAUUAAAAUAAAAAAAUAAAAUAAAAAUAAAAGCAAAUGGUUUGUGUUUUAGUCAUGGUAUAGCCACUCCAAAUAUUCAGCAUCCUUGUCCAAAUGAUAUUCACAGCAACAAGCCGUUCUGCUCAAAGAAUCUUAUACAAGUUGUCAUUUUUCUCAUCUUCAUUGUUUUAGCAAUGUCACUGUUCCUGUCUCUGCAGAAUUUUAAAGUUUAAUCUUAGUCUUUCUGUUCCAUGUUCAUUUUUGCUGUCACCUUAUUGUGUCAAUUCUGGUCACAAACACAUCUCAACACAGCUGGUGGUCCAACAGAUUCCUACUUCUUCAGUCUUUGAAAAACAUCUCUGGUUCUUCAAAUGUGAGAGAAUUAUAUUUUUUGUUACCAAGGCAAAGUUGCAGUUCAAGAUUUAUUGGUUUAUUUAAUUUUUGGUUGGAGGAAAUAUAUAUUUUUUCUUUUCAUUCUUAUCGCAUUAGAAUGAAACGCGAUAAAUGUAGCUCAUAUCUUAUUAUGAGCUACAUUUCUUAUUUAAUAAUAAGAAAUGAGCUAAAUGCAGGAUUUUUAUUCUGCUAUAAAUUGAAAGUAAAUAUUUGAGGUCCCAGUUGAGCAGCUGUGGGCAAAAGAUGAGCCAGUGCUGCUUGAAUAUUUCAUUUUCUUUUUUGCUUUUUGGUGGAACAGUUUGUAGCUUUUCUCUUGCUCUAGUUUAAUGCCUUAGGGCAGCUUGUUCUUUGUUGUUUUGAAUUAAUUUUUAGGCAAACUGAAGUGAGAGUUACUUCAAAAACAUUGCUUGAAAAACUGCUUAGAAAACAAAGCUCUUAAUAUAUUUCAGGUUUCCUUAAAAAAAACAAAAAAACAUAUAUAUUUCAUAUAUUUUGUUUUCAGUAAAUCUUCCUGAACUAUGUGACGGUUAAAUGAAGAUAACAGAUGAUUUAUAAAUAAAAAUGGACUCUCAUCACAUGAGGAGUCCAGAAUUGGUCUGCAGGAUUUCCAAGAUUGUUUGAAAAGUAGAUCUUAGCAGAAUCUCUUGUGAGUGUGAAGGCAGUCAUUAUGCUACUGAACUGCUUACCACUCACCAAAUACAUUUUUACUGCUGGUUUCCCACAUCAGGUAUCACAUCUGGAAUCGGAUGUUUGUUUACAAGCUAUGUAUGCAGUUUUCCCUUAACGUUAAAACUAGUUGUUUCUUUACAAACUAAGACAUAACUUUUUUGUCACUCUCUCUGAUAUUAAAUCUAAAAUAAAUACUUCGGGUCAAUUAGAGCUAUGGGAAUUAUUUCUAACCAGUCAAAAAGUUUAUAUGCAUUCUUUUAAUAUUUGGUAGCAAUGCAUUUAAACUGUGUGGCUUCUCAUGACAGUUUGCUUGAAUUUUGGCCCGUUCCUUAUCAUGAUUUGACCCCUUUAUUCCAAAUUAGGGAUAGCGUUUUGAUGAUAACGCCCCCUAUUUUCCUUUAACUGUAGCAAAGGUCAAUAUGACCAAACACAUAUUUGAGUUUUUUUCUUUUUUUUAGGUCACAGAACAUGUCUACAAAAUUUAGAAUCUUUGUUCCUGAAUUGUCAGAUUGCAACCUGCUUUGUUACUUUACUGGCUUUAUUGUGCCAAUUUGGAGAAAUGUCUUCUUCAUCCCAAAGUGGCCCUUUAUCUCAUCUUUAGACAAGACUUAUUGUGACAAACAACAUUGUUACCAGCUUCACCCAGCAACUUUGCAAAGUAGUUUGUUUUUUCUGGAACUGAAAUGCAAAUUUCAACUUUUUCCUCCCUGGGACACAGAACUUUCCCUAAAUGGUAUAAUGGUUGAACAUUGUCAUGGUGUUUAUACUUAUAUAUAAUUGUUUGAACAGAUGACCAUCAGAACUUCCAGCAUCUGACAUUUAUACCCAGAGGAGAGGUUGUUGCUUUAAAAUAUAUCAAAAAAGGUGAGCCAUGAUUUAACUAAAUUUUAACAAAUCAGUUAACUCAUUUAUUUAGUAAUGUUCAUGUAACUAAUAAGUUAAUUAUUGGUACUAAAUAUUUCAAUUACCAGAAGCUUACAAAGUUAUGCCAACAUUGUCUGAGUUUUGCCAAACUGUUUGUAAGGUAUACGCUUAGUGUAACUAAACUUCUGACUGAAGAAAGUAACAAAGAAUUAUUCCUGUCAUUUUUCCGGUGGUUAGCAACAGAAGUAGUGUUGUUAAGGCUGGCUGACCUAAAACUAUAAAUCUUUAUCCUGAUUUAAUGUCAAAGGGUGAGAAAGAUGUGUCUUUUAUCCAGUAUAAGUAAAUAUUCUUUUUCAACUAUAUAUAGAAUGUGGAACGUUUCUGCACCUCAACCAUCAGUUGCAGCCUUGCUUGGAAAGAAGGACGAUUGUCAAUGCUACAAUUAUUUUCAUUAUUUUAUUAGCAGCGUUAUGUUGCAGAUUGUUUCUUUGACAUCCUGUGCAAUAAUUAUUACCUAGUGCAGGUCCCUAUGUGCUUAUCUUGGCUCGGUCAGCCAAGAACUGCUGACCAAAAUACCAUGUCUGCAUGUCUUUCACUGAUUGCUAUGAGCUGAAUACACUAAUCUGCUCCUUGACCUUGUUCUCCUUUUCCUCCUUCUGUUCCCUGUCAUUGUCUUCAUCCGUCCAACUCAUCAUUAAAUUUGAUGCCGUUGUAGCUACAUGUUGCAUUUGAAGUGCUGUCUAAAAAACUCAUCAGUUACAUCAGUCUUCUUUCAAACAUUCUAGGCAUAAUUUUUAAGGUUUUGCUCCUCUUCCUGGAGGAAUCUCCUUUACUCAUAGUACACAUGCUAAUCAUUGCCUGAUUAUGAUUAGCGCAUCUUUUCUUUAGAAUUGACAAGUAAUUAAUUCAAAACAAUGCUCCGGUGUGUUACAGAAGAGAUCUCUAAGAACAUAAAGAGAAUAUCCAUAAUCUGGGAGAUUUUAGUGUCAUAAAGUGGUUCUAUUCAAGUGUGUAGAAUAUGGACUUAAUUUGAAGAGUUACUGCAUAUUAAAAGUGGAGACAACUUUGUAUAGACUUAUAAAGUCAAAUCUGCUGGACAAUUUUCACUAAAUCCUGGCAAAGGAAAGUAAAUCUCUAAAAUGUUUUUAACCUACAGAGUUUCAGAUCAAAUAUAGUAACCCAGCUGUUAAGAAAGAAGUACAGUCUAAAGUUGAUGCGCUAAAAUUAUGAAAUAUCAUAUCUGAUCAUAAAGAAAUACUGAAACAUGUCAAAUUAGCUUCAUAAUAAUAACUAUAUACCUCUUAAUGUAGUUCCUUUUUCCUCAUUACUUGCCUUUACAACAUUAUAUUAAAAUAAAGUGUUGCCCAAAAAAGCUGAAAGACUAUUUUAUGGUUUGACUUUUCAUUAAAAUUUGAAGAACAUAUUCCCAUCCAAAUGUCAUGUCUUUUCUACUUUUUCCAUUAAAGCAUUCAUUGUUCAUUGUUGUCCAUGAUGUCCUCUGUUGAUUCUUGUUAGUAUAACUGAGUUAUUGGUACGUGAGCUAAAAGUGUCUGCGGUGUGGCAGCAUGUUGAUAUCAGCUCUUCUCAUGUUGGUUUUGAUUGCAGAUAAACUUGGGGUAAGCAGUAUAGCUAUGUGAAAAUCUGAAUCUUAUUCAUCACCUUCAGGCUGACUGGUAAGGUGUCAGAGGUCAUUUACAAUUUCCUAUUGGUAAUAAAUAAUUGAUGUGCCAUUUUGCAUGAUAUUGUAAGUUUUAGUUGUAGAUGAGAGCAAUGGAAAGAGGAGAGGGGAGAAAAUGUAAUGUAUUCCGCCAGUCAUGCCUCUUUUCUGCAUGUCUACUGGCAUUAAUGAUUGCUAUAUAAAUUUAUUCACACAUUUUAUGUUCUUCUGUCUUCCUAGUUUCUUUUUUUUUAUCUGCAAAUGAGACAGCAGAUGUCACAUAAAACUAAUGUCAUAGAAGUAUUCUUAAAUCUUUGUCAGUGUUGUUAUUUUGAAAAACAUGAAUGGAGUCCUUAAAGUUAUUCUACUGAACUACUUAAUUUGCCCCAGUUCAGGAAAAAAAAAACAUUCUGCACAAUCAGUUUUCCAUGUUUCAUCCAUCUUUUUAAAAAAAUAAAUAGAUGCUCUUGCCAUGUGGAUGAGACACUUUUUGGUGUUGCUCAUAAAUGACCCAUGAUUGCCCACAAACAGGUGUGAAGAACAGUUUCCACACCACAGCACCUGCCAUCUGACUUUUCGUUGGGGGGAGGAACCAUUCAGUCCCAACUCCGCUACUCAGAUGGAAUUAAAUCAAGGUUUCCCCUGCGACUGCCAUGAAAACACGGAGUAGAGCACAGAUGAAACCACUUUACAGGUUUCUUUCAGGCAUCUGGUGAUAAAUGAGACGUCCCUGCCUUCGUAAGUGACAUUGAAUGGACAUUUUGCAAUAAGAAAGAAAUCCGCUAAGGAAAUGGUUGGUGAACAAAAUCUGAUGAUUUUAUGCUUUUGCUGAUUUCACCGACUGUGGUGAGCUACUGGAGGCUUAUUAAAAAUCAAAUGUUCUAAUUAGUGAACUCAAUAUAGGAUGCGCUGACAGUAGUUAUGAGUGUAAAAGCUCUUCCUGACGGAAAAAGAUUCUAGGUUAGCAAUUUCCAGAAUCAGUGAAGUGUUUGAAAAUGAAGAUAAAGGAGGCACAAAAGUUGCAAGAAGCCUUUAGAAAGGAAGCUUUUCUGUAGAGGGUUGUUGGCUAUUCCCCCAGGCUGCUGCUUUUAAGGAAGUGAGACUUCAUCAGUUAAGGAUGAACACAUUGCAGCAAAGUUUAUCUGUUUUUUUCCCCCUUUGGUAAUGCCAAUUUUGUCUGCCUUGGAACGUCUAGAAUUUAUAAGUCUUACUGUUAUGGUGUACUCUUUAUUUAGGGAAUACAUACUUAACAAUGCUAUUUGUCUUUGUUUUGAAAUAAUUUGGAAAUUCUGAUUAACUGCAGAACUGUGCAACUAUGAAUACUCUCCCUAACACACACUUUGUGACUUCAGCUGUGGUUCUAAUUUAAUGACCUAUAAUUAAUGAGUGAUUUAAUGGGAUAAAUGAAACAAAAUGUAAUUCUAUUUAGUCGUGUUUAAUUUGUACAGAUAUCUUUGUCCCUUAACAUGGAGGACUUUUUUGUUAGAUUUUUUGUGAUGAAGAUCCUUUAUUAUCUAUAAUGUAAAAAACAAGUUUUAUUGUUAUGUAUAGUUCUUGGAGAGAAAUUGUAAUAGGCCGGUAAAAGGUUUACAAAAUCCAAGAUUUGAAAUUUGCCUCAGAAUUUCUGAACACUGCAUCUCUAUUGUUUUCCCAUUUCCCCAUUUUUUCCCCCCAUCUUUCUUUUUGGCUGUUUCGGUUCAUUGUUUCAGUUUCUGACAUUUUGCUUUAUGAUUUAACUUCCAUCCAUCCCCUUUAAAACGUUUCUCUCAGCUACACCUUGUGACUUGAGGAGAUGAUGCAAUAUGGUGUUAAAAAUGUCUAGAUUUUCAGUAUAUUUUGCAACCAGUGGUCAUCUUAAUUAUUGUCAUGUUAAAAGAACCAGAGAAAAAAUAACAAGUAACUAACAACAUUUUAAUGGAGAAUAUUUUAAAGAAAUUCAUAGAUAUGUACCAAAAUUUUACUCAGAAAUACAAUAUCUAUUAUUUUACCCCCACUUUUAAUCAUCCAAGAAUAAACUAGCCAAACUCUACAAUAUCUUAUAUGACUUUAGACGUUAUAUGUCAUUUGUAUUGUUGUUCUUUGAGUGAUUUCCUAUUCAGCGCUCUCUGUGUUUCUCUGUAAUGCGAGACAAAAGAAUAAUCCAUUACUGAUGUUAUAGAAACUUUUGCUUUUCAUCUCUGUUGUGUAAAAAGAGCUCAGUGUUUGUAUUUGCUAAGAAAGACUCUUGAAUGAACUCUGAGUCAUGUGAGGUCUCAUGGUAAUUACUUUUCUCCUCCUCUCUUUGUUUUAGCCACUUUCCUCUUUAUCAUGUUCACUGGAGCGAAGUCAUGACUUUACUCAACGAGACCGAAGAGACCACCUCUCUCUCCGCUCCCCUCUCCUCCCUUAGGAACAAUUUCUCAGCCUUUUUCACACCUGACGCCUCUUAUUCCCCUGUAUCCUAUCCCACUUCCUCCUCCUCUUCCUUCCUGCUGACAUCCUCCAACUGCACCGACUCUUCACCAUCUUCCUCACCACCGUACAACUUCUAUGCUGUGCUGCUAGUCCUUCUAAUCUUUUGUGUGGUGUUCGGCAAUGUGCUGGUGUGUGUGGCUGUGUCUCGGGAGCGUGCCUUGCAGACCACCACCAACUACCUCAUUGUCUCCCUGGCCGUGUCCGAUCUGCUGCUGGCAACCCUGGUCAUGCCUUGGGGUGUUUACCUGGAGGUGGUUGGGGAGUGGCGCUUCAGUCUAAUUCACUGUGACAUCCUGCUCACUCUGGACGUCAUGAUGUGCACCGCCAGCAUCCUCAACCUGUGCGCCAUCAGCAUUGACAGAUACACAGCAGUAGCCAUGCCGCUGCUGUACAACACCAGAUACAGCUCCAGGAGGAGGGUGGCUGUGAUGAUUGCCGUGGUGUGGUUUCUCUCUUUUGCCAUCUCCUGCCCUUUGUUGUUUGGACUGAACAAUACAGACAGCCGGGAAGGCACAACAUGCAGCUUCGCAGACCCGGCGUUCGUGGUCUACUCCUCCGUCGCAUCUUUCUAUGUACCAUUUAUCGUAACAUUGUUGGUGUAUGCCCAGAUCUGCGUGGUGUUGCGUAAACGUGGGAGACGCACUGCCCCACCGCGCAAACACGGUGGUCCUGGAGCAGCAGAGAGUCGACAGCGGAAGAAUAAGUGCACACAACCAGAAGAUGUGAAACUGUGUACCCUGAUCCUAAGGCCUGCCACUGCAGGUCCUCAACGAAAGAAAGUGAGCCUCGUGAAGGAGUCUGUGGUUCAUCCCCUCGAAGUGGAGCCGGGUCGUUUCCUACCACAGACGGAGCAGAAUCUACCGCCUCCCAACGCUCCACAGCCUUCCAAUCAUUCACUGCAGUCUAAAAUCUCACUCUCCAUCGCAGUAGGACCGGCUCCGGCUCUUCCCUCAACCGUGGCGCGAUCCGCUUUAACGCCCCGUCCCCCCACCCUCGAGGAUGGCAUGAGGGGCCGAGAGGGGUGGAGGGAGCGCAGCGGAGGCAAAGAGAAAUGGGGCACCACCAAGGAGAGGGUGAGAGGGAGGCUCUCACAGCAGAAGGAGCGGAAGGCAACACAGAUGCUGGCUAUUGUGCUGGGUGUGUUCAUCAUCUGCUGGCUGCCUUUCUUCCUGACCCAUGUGCUAAAGGCCCACUGCAGGAGCUGCUGCAUCUCACCUUCUCUGUACAGUGCCGUCACCUGGCUUGGAUAUCUCAACAGUGCUGUAAAUCCUGUCAUCUACACAACUUUCAACAUUGAAUUUCGCAAAGCCUUCAUCAAGAUCCUGCACUGCUAGCCCAGACUAAAAAUGCAUCAGUUGUCAAAAUAAAUAAAUAAGAAAACAAGUUGUGGGACUUGUUAAGAGAUUGCAAAAAUAAAAAUACUCUGUGACAGUUUGAUUCUGAGAGGAACUGAGACUAUAAUCUGUGUGACUUGGAGUCAUAGAGAUAAAGAUUUAUUUUGGAAAGCUUGAGGAAAAAAAAAUUUAACCAGCGCCUCAGUCAAGACUAAGCCACAGAGAGAAAAUAAUGUUUAUGAAGCCAACGACAGCAGGCACAAAAUAUCCUUCAAAAAAUAGUUUGUGACAAGUGGAAGACAGCGACAAGAAAAAUAAGAAAGGUGGAGAAAUGUACAGUAAAGGAGACAAAUACUGUGCAAUGUGUCUAUAUUCUGUAAAGGGAAUACGUUCAGACAGGUGAUCAUACUUCAUCAUUCUGACUCAGACUCCACAUUUGUGGAUUUCAGCGCAACACUACUGUUUCCUGAGUACUCAAACCUUUGAUUUGUAUUUGACCGAUUCUGCUACAUUAACUUGUGAUCUCAGCAAACCUUCUCUCAACGUGUUUGCAUGUGCUGGUAUUUCUCACAUGACAGGAGCAAAUAAAAUGCACAAGAAAAGGAAAGGAAAUACCGGUACUCCAAAUUUGUUUUUGUUUAAUUUUGUAUUGGUGACAUGUUUUUGGAAACCUACUUUCGUUUACUAAAUAUGUGCUGUCAGUAAUUGUUUUUAACCCCAACCCUACUUCAGUGCAUAAAUUGUGCCAUCUAUAAUUUACUGUUUCAAUAGAUUUUGUGUUGAACAUUGUGUAAAUAAAUAUUAUCAAUCAAUAAAUAUUAUCAAAUAAAAAUAAUAAUUUCAUCUCUUUCAGAUUUGCUAUAGAGGGGGGAAAAAAACCCUCAGCCAAAAUGAACCAAGUUAUUCUUUGUGCUAUUUCCUUCCAUAUGUACUUGGGAGGUUUCUGUACUUCCACCAUCAGUUUCAACAUCACUGUGGAGGAGAAAACAUCCUCAUUGCUUUCAUCUGCUUAACAGCACCACCAGGUGAUGUAAUUUUAUACCAUUGUGGGUAUAUUUUUUUUUAAAAAUCAUUUUAACUUUUAGUGAUUUGAAUGUGUACACCUAUUUUGGUGAUGGCAGCGGAUGUGAAUCACUCACACAAAAUCUGUGUAUGCGGGUUUCUUACCGAUCACUAUUAGUUUAUCACACCGCGGCUCUGAAAUUAUUAAGUUGUUUCCAUGAGUUUUGCUGCAAUAAUUGUAAAAUUUUGCUUGGCACCAUAAAACCUCUGCUUGUGCUUUUUCCUUCCCCCUUUAAAGAGGGCCAUAACAGAUGACUUUGUACAUUUCACCGUUUAUGUGUACAUGCAUACAUAAAACAUCAUUAAGUCUCUUUGCCAUGCACAGAACAUCUUAGCAACUAAAAAAUACAAGUUUAUGGGUUUAUUCAAAUGUGCAUCCAUUAAAAACAGACAAAAUGAGUUUUUAUUGUUUUGGAAGAUAAUGUCUAACUUUAUAAGUUAGCUUAUUAGCAAUUCUGAAUAAAUUGUAAAGGGAAAUUUUCAAGUUGAACUAUUGAGGAAAUGAAUAUAGAACUCAUUUUGUCUUUGGUGGUUGUCUUGACUAAACUCAUUGACUUCAAAGGCAUUCAUUUAAAUCCACAUUUGUUUGCUAGAUAAUUUCCUUUUCCUUUGAUAUUAUAAUCCCCUCUUCUACCUAAUCCAAACGUGUUAAAUAACUUUAAGAAAUAUGAAAUAAUUUUAUACUCUGG